UAAUGUCAUUUCACUGUGACCGCCGAGAGGAGCACCAUAACGCGCCGUACGCUGCCGAUCUGACCGUGAUGUGGUGACCGUGGGUGAGGCCAAUCCAGGCUCUUUCAGCGCUCAUCUUUAGUGCAGUCGGUAUCUGGGGUGUAAGCUUAUCGCUUUGCACAGCUCCAGUUCAGCUUUGCGGCACAGUGGUGCACCCUCUCUGGACUUUUCAUCUUAUGCCAAUGAAACGCAGUGUGAAUCGCUUGUCUCACUCCGGGAAUAUUGCCUCUGGAUGCCCGUUUUAACCCGACUGAACACGUUGGGGUAAAAGAAGAGUAUGAUGAGCCUGGCAACCACGGCAGUGUCAGUGGCUGGUUUCCAGGGUGGAGCACGCCAGCGAGACUUGAUGAUGGAGCAGAAAGUCAGUAAGCUGACCUCUGGGUUCCAGCGCAGCUCCACCUCUGAUGAUGACUCAGGCUGUGCACUGGAAGAGUACGCCUGGGUACCACCCGGCCUCAGGCCUGAACAGGUUCAGUUAUAUUUUUCCUGUCUGCCUGAGGAUAAGAUCCCAUACGUCAACAGUCCGGGAGAAAAGUUCAGAAUCAAGCAGCUCCUCUACCAACUGCCACCGCAUGACAAUGAAGUGCGUUAUUGCCAGUCCCUCAGUGAGGAGGAGACAAAGGAGCUACAUAUGUUCAGUAUGCAGAGGAAGAAGGAAGCGCUGGGAAGGGGCACAAUAAAACUGCUGCCUCGCAAUCUUCUGAACAGCAUCUGUGAGCACUGUGGUGAAAACAUCAAUGGUGGAGAAAUGGCAGUGUUCGCCUCAAGGGCAGGCCCUGGGCUGUGCUGGCAUCCCGCAUGUUUCGCUUGCUCCACAUGUAGUGAACUGCUGGUGGAUUUGAUCUACUUCUACCAUGAUGGAAAGAUCCACUGUGGAAGACACCAUGCUGAGCUGCUCAAACCACGCUGCUCUGCCUGUGACGAGAUUAUCUUUGCUGAUGAGUGCACAGAAGCAGAAGGUCGCCACUGGCACAUGAAACACUUCUCCUGUUUUGAAUGUGAGACAAUUCUUGGAGGCCAGCGCUAUAUUAUGAAGGAUGGAAAACCAUAUUGCUGCGGCUGCUUUGAGUCCCUCUAUGCAGAGUACUGUGAGGCCUGUGGAGAACACAUUGGUGUUGAUCAUGCUCAGAUGACCUAUGAUGGGCUCCACUGGCAUGCCACCGAGACCUGUUUCAGCUGUGCCCAGUGCAAGCGCUCUCUACUGGGUUGCCCUUUCAUGCCACAUCAGGGUCGUAUCUACUGCUCCAAGGCCUGCAGUCUUGGGGAAGAUGUACAUGCCUCAGACUCCUCCGAUUCUGCCUUUCAGUCAGCACGCUCACGUGAAUCUCGUCGCAGUGUGCGCAUGGGCAAAAGCAGUCGCUCAGCUGACCAAUGCCGACAGUCGCUUCUCUUCUCACCCUCUGUCAACUAUAAGUUACCUGGCUUUAGUGGAAACACUGACAACACCCUGACUGACAAGGUGGCCCACAUGAACUUAUCUGAUGAGCAUUUUUGUUGGGGACGUGGUGAUGAAACAGAGGCACCUGAGGACCAGGAAGAGGAGUGGGCUGAGCAUGAGGACUAUAUGACUCAGUUGCUAUUAAAGUUUGGGGAGCAUGGGGUCUUCCAGCAAGCCAGUGACUCUAGACUGACAGAUUUUUUGAUCACUGAAAAGGAUGCCAAGUCAAAACAGGAGUCCUCCAAACCUGGUAAUGGUAGUGGAGGAGGAGGAAGGGGAAGCCUGGUCUGUAAGAAAUACCAGGCUGACAUGUACUGGGCCCAGUCACAGGAUGGUCUAGGGGACUCUGCCUAUGGUAGCCACCCAGGACCAGCAAGCAGUAGAAAGAUCCAGGAGUUGGAGCUGGAGCAUGGGUCUGGAGGAGGUUUCCAGGGAGAAGAGCCACAGUGGUACAAUGAUUCUCUGGAAUGUAUCACAGAUGAGUUCAAGAAAACAGAUCAGAGUGUCAGAGACUCUAUGGACUCACUUGCUCUCUCAAAUAUUACUGGGGCUUCAGUCGAUGGUGAUAGUAAAGACAGAACGUUGAUGUAUUCCCUGCAAGGCUUCCAUGAACUGGAAACAGAAGACUGUGAGAAAACAAGCAACAUGGGAACCCUCAACUCCUCUAUGUUACACAGAAGUGCAAAUUCUCUGAAGAGCCUUGUAUCUGUGCAAGAUGAGGUGGAGGAGAAUGUUCCAGAUGAGGAGGAGGUGGCUCUGCCAGAGGACAGAUCCAAACCUCAUGUCCCUGCCCUUAGGAGGACACGUUCGCAGUCUAGGCCUCAGCAAGUCAAAUUCUCUGAUGAUGUGGUGGACAACAGCCAUUACGGUGAUCUCCCAGUGCGCCAGGCCCCCAUGAGCGAACGCACUCGCCGGAGAGUGUACCACUUUGAGGAGCAGGGCCAGGAACUUCACUCUGGUCACCAACACCACCACCGCAGGAGGCGUCGCAGUCGCAUCUCUCGCUCUGACAAUGCUCUUAACGUUCUGCCCAAGCAUAGGGCUAAAAUGUGCUACAGGGUGGACCAUAGAGGGAACGCUCUUGGCCCCAAGGGGCACCAAGCCUUCCAGGGUCAAUCCAGUCCUGCAGCUAUGUCAGACUACGGACUACAGGGCCCAGCCAUGGGGAGGUUCUUGGGGUUGUAUGGGGAUGAUGAUGACUCGUGCUCCACAUGCUCUUCUUCCUCUUCUGAUUCUGAGGAAGAGGGCUUUUUCCUGGGUCAGCCCAUCCCUCAGCCCAGGACACACAGACACUUCUACACUGAGGACUUGCCUAGCCCUGUGGCAGGCAUGUCUUCUCUUCCUUAUGGCCAGUGGACCAAGUCAAAAAAGAAGAAAGGGCACAAGGGGAAAAACUGUAUAAUUUCAUAGACUUACUCUCUUACCUUCAGCUUUGGUUAUUGCGCUGUAACUCACCUCUGCCUCUUGUCCACUGUUUAAAAUGCAAUAGCUGCUUGCUAUGAAAUGCUUCACAGCACUCAAUUUUCCAAGAUGUUUGUCUUUACUCUGAUUCUUCUCCGAUUUGCUUCUGUAGCAGUACAAACUGCCAGUAACGUAACAAAAGUAUUUCAGAGUAAUGCGUAUUUAUAAAACACCAUCUGUUUAUUUAACACUGCAGACAAUGUAUAUAUUGUAGAAUGUUUUUUUUUUUUUAAAUGCUAUUUUUAUACCCUUGAGUUAAUGUCAUGCUUUGUACCAAAAUGACAUUAACAUUGAACUGGUGCCAAAUGGUACAAAGUCUUUUACCAUGAGGGGUGAAAUUUAAUGACAGACUGACCCAAAUGUGUGUUCUUCCAGGCUUGUGCACUGCUAACAUAAGAGAAACACUGCAUGUAUUUAUGGGCCAAUGCAUUUUAAGCAAAUCAUUGUAAUCUGUACAAAUGUACAAACAGGAAUAUAAAGGCCAAGAUAGAUGAUAAAUGUAAUAAAAUAUCUAUAUAGCAUAAUUUGUGUUUUCUUGCAAGUAUUCUAGGGAUAUAAAAACAGGAGAAGAUGUCACAAACAAUUUUAUUUAGAAAAGUUUAACAAAAAAAAAACAAAAAAAAAAAACAUCAAUCUGAUAGGAGCACGGGAUAGUGCUGCACAGAAAAAUACCAUAUACAGCGAAAUUUAACACUUUUGAGAAUACUUGUCUUAGUUUGUAUUAGCUGCACUCGCAGCCUCAACAGAAAUAGAUUUUGCAAGCAAAACACGCUACAUUAAUAAAGACUGGUAAAAAGUUGCCAUAAGAAGGUUUCAUUACUAGACUUAACCAUUCUUUCUGCUAAUACUAUUGUCAGUAGCACUGGAAAAGAAGACCAAGGCUCUAGUUAUUGGAGUGGUCAAACCUUUAACUUGCAUCUAUACUCACCUGAAUAUAAUACGAGUUUUUACGGAGCGUAUUUCAUGGUAAACACAUCACUUACUCAUAAUACUAUACAAUAUCACCAUUUUAGCUAUUAUUAAGAAUAGCAUUUUGUCUAAAAUCCUAUUUAUGUUUGAGCAAGUGGGAAAAUGUCACUGCCAGAUUUGCUGGCU